AUGGCUUGGACUGGAAAAAUCAAUUAUGUGCUCAAUCAAACUAGAAACUUUUUUGGUUAUAUUCAAUCAUUAAAAGAGUUUAUGGCAGCACGUAAAAGAACAGCAUUAUUUAUGGAACACCAAAAAACAUUAUACCCACAUGAGCAUGCUCGUCGAAUGAAAAACUUUUCUACCACUCGAUGGACAUCACAUCAUAGGGUAAUAGAAGUGGUUUUUGAAAAGUACAAAGCCAUUUUGAAUACAUUAGAAGACCUCUCAAAUAUAAGCGACCGAUCAACAGGCUCAUUAGCAACCACUUUAUUCAAAAAUAUUACAUCUUUCUCAUUUGUGUCGAUAAUGUUUUUAACGAAAACAAUUUUUGAGAUUACAACACCAUUAUCUAAAUACCUCCAAUCUCCAGCGAUUGAUUUUAUGCAAGCCUUAGUCAUGGUCGAUUCUGUAAAACAGCAACUAACCAACUUACGAACAACUGAAGGAGCACAUGAAGUAUUACAAAAUGCUAAACAAUUUGCAAUCGAUAAUGAACUUGACGAAACACAACUUCCUGAAAUAAGGCUUAGAAAACGAAAAAGAAUGUUUGAUGAAAUCUCUGAAGAUGAAAUAAUUUCAAAUCCAGUAGAUAAUUUCAAAUCUAAAAUUAAUCAAGAUGCACUACGCAUUGAAUAUACUGUAUUUUCUAAAAGUUUUUUAGAAUUUCAAUCUCAAAUUAACCCAGAUAAAGUUCACAAUUACACUGAUGACAUUAAUUUUAUCAACAAUAAUGAAUAUGAAGAUGAUUCUGAUGAAAAUCAUGAAAAUGAAAGUCAAGACACCAACAUAAACCGUUCUAAGAAAACAACACCACUCCAAUUGCUCCAACUACUUAAUUCAUUUGACUUAAUUACAGCUUUCCCGAAUUUAUACCUUCUAUAUAAACAUUUGUGUACCAUUCCAACAACUUCCGUUUCUUGUGAACGGUCAUUUUCAAAACUCAAACUUAUUAAAACUAGACUCCGUUCAACAAUGGCACAAAGUAGGUUAGAAAGUCUUAUUUUGAUAUCAUGUGAAAAAGAUUUGACCAAUUCUAUUAACAUUGAUGAAGCAAUAGAUAAGUUAGCAUUAACAAGUGAUUUAAUGAAGAAGUCAUUACUUUUUAAAUAA